UAAAUUAUCCAAUAAAAAUGCGACAGCUCAACGAAACACCCGAGGGGGAAAAGCAAUCACGUGUUCCGCACAUGAUAUUCUUUCUUCUCAUUGCCAUGUCUUGUGACGCGGGAUUGAGCCAGAGAGUUCAGACACGACGGAGUCGAUCUUUGGGGGGUUUUGUCGUAUAUUCACUUUUUAAAAUGCUCUUCUACGUUUUCUUUGCCUUAAUUAGAAGGCAUACACCUGUAUAUACAUACACGCACACCCAUAUAUAGAUUCGCAUAUAUAUGCAGAAUACAGCUGUUUCAUUUUACCAUCCAAAAAAAGAAGAAGAAAAAAACCCAAGAAGAAGGAAGAGGAGGAGAAUCAUUCCAAUGGCGAAGAAGGUGAAGAAGCUUCACGUGACGGUGAAGCCGGUGAGGUUAGAGGGUUUACCCGCUCUUUCCGGUGACAUAACGUCGUCGGCGAUGACAGAGAUCAAAUGGAAAGGACCGGUCACCGGUUUCGGAUUCGGUUUACUCCCGUUUUACCGGUCGAACCGUCGCAUAAACCGGACUAGCAUUAAACCGGUUGUGGGCGGUGGCCACGUGGAAUGGGACGACGAGUUCGAACGUAUCUGUUGCCUUGUCGGGCCGUGGAAUUUGACCUUCAAUAUCUUCUACGGAGAGAACAUAGACACGAAGAACAGAAAAUGCGUGAUCGGAAAAGCGUCGUUGGAUUUAGCGGAGUUAGCGUCGAAGAUUGAAUCGAAGGUUGAGAGAAAGAUUCCGAUACAUUCAGAGGGUUCCGGCACAACCAAGGAAUUUAAUCUCGUGGUCUCUGUGACCUUUUCCGAAGUAAGAAACGAAACUGACACGGUACGACUCGCUCAAAACUCGCUCGACUCGGAAACGAUGGUGUACUACAAUUCUGAGUCUUCUUCCUCGUCGGCCACCGAGUCAAGUUCCGUUGGACUCAGCCUUGAUGUGGAAUCCGGCUCGUCGUCGAGUUCCGAGUCUCGGCCCGAACCCGGAAACAAACCGGGGUUUUUUUCGUGGAAGAGACGCCGGUUAAGCUUUUCCAUGUCCCGCAAACGAGAAUCGAGAGGGGACGAAGGAACAAAGAUUUCAGCAGUAGCAACGAAAAAAUGGGAGAAGAAGGAUCUGAUGAGCCGAGACGGGAAAUUCAAGCUCCGAUCACAAGUGUUCUUCGCGUCGCUCGACCAGCGAAGCGAACAAGCCGGCGGAGAAGCCGCGUGCGCGGUGGUCGCGGUGGUGAUGGCCCAUUGGCUCCGGUCGAACCCUAAUCGCUCUCCUUCGGGACCCGAGUUCGAUUCGAUCAUCUCACAGGGCUCUUGGCUGUGGCGAUCUCUCUGCAACGACAAAUCGUAUAUGAGAUUGUUCCCGGACAAGCAUUUUGACCUGGAGACGAUCGUCUCCGCGAAUCUCCGGCCCGUUAGGGUUUGCUCGGAUAAAUCUUUGACGGGGGUUUUCAGCCCGGAGAAGUUCGAUUCGUUGAAGGGUCUGUUGUCGUUCGAUGAUAUCUGGGACGAGAUUGAGAAACACGUAGCUGGGCUCGAUCGUGGAGAAUCUAGGGUUUAUAUCUUGAGCUGGAACGAUCAUUUCUUCGUGAUGAGAGCAGAUCAUGAUGGGUAUUUCAUAAUCGAUUCGUUGGGGGAGAGAUUGUUCGAAGGGUGCAAGCAAGCUUACAUUUUGAUGUUCGACGACUGGAGCUUGAUGUACGAGAAGAAGAAGAAGAAGAAAAAGUCGGAAUCUGAAGAAGAAGAAGAAGAAGAAGAAGAAGAAGAAGAGACAUUGGUUUUGAGAGGAAAAGAAUGUUGCAGAGAGUACAUAAAGAGGUUUCUUGCGGAGAUUCCGUUGACGGAGCUUGCGGCGGCGGAGAAGAAAGGGACAGUUCUCGAUGUCUCUCAUCUUCAUCAGAAGCUUCAGUUCGAUUUGCAUCAUAUUUUGUCGACUGAUUAGAGUAUUCUUUUGUUUAAUGUCAUUUCAGUCUCAAUGGGAUUAUCAGAAAUUGCUGAUGAAGCGAGAAAUCAUCUCCUUCAUCUCUCUUUUGGUGUUAUUAGGAUUAGGACCUCUUCUAAUCAGUACUUAGGUUGCAAUAAUCCUCUACAUUAUCUGAAUUUACCCUGACUGCAGCCUUUUGUCAUGCUGUGAUGAAUCUCCAA